AUGUGUCCUUCUCUCUUUCUCCUUUCUUUAUUGUUGUUAUUGUUAAAUGGUACAGUACAGUCUAAUGAUUGUAGUACUGAAGGAUUUAUGGAACUAGGUUUACUGGUGGCUAAAACUGGCAGUACUAACAACAAUGGACAAACUACUGCAGGACUAGCAGAAUCAGAAAAAACAAGAUGGAUCAUCACUGAAAGAGAUAAGCAGUUCAGUGAGGAUUGCAUUAGUUCACUGACUGAAGUAUUAGUUGGAGUUGACAUUAGAACUGUAACUGGUGACAGGACUGAAUAUCCUAGAAUAGAGAUAUGGAGGGAAACAAGAGGUCAUUAUAAAGACCCAGUAUCUGUUGAACUUAGAUUAUCUCCACACAGUUUCACUACCAAUGGACUGUAUCAUGUUAGACUACCUGCUCCUUUGAACUUUGAGGAGACAACAGGUGGUACCAGAGGGUACAGACUAGGAGUAUAUCAACCUCCUGAUGAUAGAAGUGUUGUUAGAUUUUAUAAAGUAACUGGUACUGGUCAAAUUGGAAGAGUAGAAGAUAUUAAUAAUAAUGAUGUUAAAAAAGAUCCCAAAGAUGAUGAAAUAAUAUUGCAAAACUCAAGUAUCCUGAUACACCCAAUCACAAGUAACAGUUGUAGUUAUCCAUCAAUUAGCAGUUCAUUUAAUACAAACAGUCUAUCAGUUACUAAUGUAAUACCAGUCAAUGAUACAAGAGCUUUUCCUGAUAUACAGUUCACAUGUAAUGGUAUUAUUACUAAAUGGAUAAUUGGUAUUACACAGAAUCAGGAUACAAGCAAACAUUAUCCUAACAUUUAUUUAAACCGUUCUUCUGAACUGAUUCAUGCACUAACUGUUAAUGCUUCUGCUGCUACAUCAAGUAAUGAUAAUGUAUAUAACUUUACAAGUGAUAUUGGAGUAGAGUAUGGAGAUAUAUUAGUAAUCAAUGUAACCACUAAUAGUAAUCCAAUGUAUUAUCAACAAUACAAUGGACCAUUGAAUUAUGAGCUUGAUAGCAGUAAUAGAUUAAUACCAUUGGAUCAUAAUGACUAUCCACUGAUAUCAGUUGUAGUAGGGCCAAGUCCGUCAAUACCAGGAACUCCCUCUACUACUACUAUCAUUACUACUGAUAUUAUCCGUACACAAAUAACAAACUCUCACACUCCAAAUGCUACUACAAUAACAACAACUACUACUAAUAUGAACAUACCACCUACUACCUUGUUGCAGUCUACAUCAUCAUCAUCCUUGAUGACCAGUUCCCUCACACAAACUCAAUCAAUAAACAAUACACUUCAUAUCACAAACACACACUCUCAAUCAUCAAACACUCUCUCUUCAACUCUUCCUGUCACUACUCCAUCAAUCAGUGAUGGUAUAGCUAGUCCUCCUCCUCCUAUAGUAUCAACCAUCAGUAGUACAUCAGUUACUGAUAGUUCAACCAGUAAUCCAUCAGUUACACUAUCCACUGAAGGUCAAAGCAGUACUGGCAGUAAUACACUAGCAGCAGUACUUAGUACAGUAUUUAUAUUACUGGUAGUUACUAUACUAGUAAUAUUAAUAGUGAGUGUAUUAGUGUAUAAAAGACGACACCAAAAGCUAUCAUCAAGAGGUAAUUCUCUAAUGAAUACACGAUCAACUGAGAAAGAGACAGAACUGAAUAAUAUGACUAAUCCUACCUACCAACCACAAGAUAUGGGUCCAGUUCUAUAUGAAGAGGCGAAGCCAGUAAUGAAUGGAAUAGAAUCAGUGUAUAGUGAUACAAUAGUUACUAAUGAUCGUUAUGCAGCUGCUACAGGUGUAAGUCCAAUGCCAGCGCUUUAUGAAGAACCAACAAUAACUAUGAAAAGACAACAUAAAACUAUUAAUCAAAUUGAAAAUGAAACUUACAAUUUAUUGGCAGAAGCACUCUAUGUUCCUACAGCAAAUGAACGCUUGGGUGGAGGAAAACAGCAACAAGACAUUUACUUCACAUUGAUGAAUGAGCAGUAUUCCUCUGCAUAUUCAAGACUUGAUCAUACUGGUGGUAAUGGAUUUUUUAUAGAAGAUACUGAGUACUGGGAACCUGAUAGUAAUACUGAUGGUAUAUACCAACAAUUAUCUGAUAGGAAAUACAGAGAAAUUAUAAGACACCAAAUAAAAGUAACAGAUUAUUUAGGAUCAGGACAGUUUGGUACAGUUAAUAAAGGACUAUGGACUACACCUACUGCUGGAUCAGUCUCUGUUGCUAUUAAAACACUUAAUGAUAAUACUUCAGAGGAUGAGAGAGUAAAGUUUCUACAAGAGGCAGCCAUUAUGGGUCAGUUUCAUCAUCCUAAUGUUGUUAAACUACAUGGAGUGGUCACCAUUGGACAUCCUAUAAUGAUAGUACUGGAAUUGAUAUCUGGAGGUGACUUGAAAGAGUAUCUUAACAAAUUUAAACCAUCUCCUGGGGAGUUAGUAUUAUCAUCAGUUCCUUCUAUUUUGCUCUCAUUUUGUCGUCAAAUUGCUUCAGGAAUGGAGUACUUGUCAAGGAAGAAGUUUGUUCACAGAGAUCUUGCAGCAAGAAACAUAUUAGUAUCAGAUGAAGGAACAGGAAUAUGCAAGAUUGCUGACUUUGGUAUGUCAAGGGACCUACAAGAUGAAUCUUAUUAUAUUUCACAAGCAAAAAAGAUUCCAAUAAAAUGGACAGCACCAGAAGCAUUACAUUAUAAGAAAUAUUCGAGUGCUAGUGAUGUGUGGAGUUAUGGAGCUGUAAUGUAUGAGAUUUGGUCUNUAGGACAUAAACCAUUUGAAAACUCUACUAAUCAAGAAUGCAUUAGACUGGUUGAUUCAGGCUAUAGAUUACCACCUCCUCCAGGAUGUCCUAAACCAAUGUAUAAACUAAUGAUGCAAUGCUGGAAUCCUGAUACUCAUAAUCGUCCAAGUUUCUCAGAUAUAUCAUCAAGUCUAUCCUCACCUGAUAAACAAUUACUAAUGAUUAAUAAAGAGGAUCCUGUUACUGUACUGGGUGGAGCUUUAGAAACAAGCCACUCCCUCUACACUGACUUACAGUACAUGUACAAGAACUGAUUGAUCGUGUUGCCAGUUUAUAUACCUGUACAUUGUGUUUAAUGGUUUGUUUUCUGUUUCUGUAUAAAAUAAUUG